AAACUAAGUUCAUACACCAUCACUUUUCCUAUAUAGACGGAGUUGUAUUUAGCACACAACAUAAAAAACAGACAAACAUAGUUUCAUGCAUUUGUUGGUUUUCUCUAUUUGAUGUUUGCAACAAUCCUUGUAGAAGUACACACUAAACUGUUCAUAUUCUAAGGCAUUGAACAACAGAAAGAACAUAAAAAGAAGAUGGAUAAAUUUUGGAGCAUGAUUUGUGGGGACUGUCCUACUGAGAAUGGAGGAAAGCCUUUUUGUUAUGAUGUAAAACUUUUAAAAGAUCCAUCCUCAUGCAUCAACCAUUUGUUGGUAAUUUUCUUUGAUGUGUUCUUGUUGAUCAUAUUAUCAUUCAACAUGAUCCUGAAGUCUUCUUCGAGGCCAUUUCGGAGUCUAGUACAAUAUUCAAACUUGCAGCUAGUUUCUACCAUUAUCAAUGGCUCUCUUGGGUUUUUGCAUUUAUGUUUAGGAAUUUGGGUAUUAGAAGAGAAUAUAAGGAAAAACCACGACGCAUUUCCUCUUAAUUGGUGGUUGCUCGAACUCUUUCAUGGAUCAACAUGGUUGUUUGUAAGUUUAACUAUAAGUCUUCAGAUAAAACAACUGCCAAGAGCAUGGUUUUGGAUGUUUUCUAUUCUCAUAUUUUUUGUUUCUUCUAUAUUAUGUCCUUUAUCCAUAUUUUAUGCAAUUGGCAGCAGAAAAUUGUCCUUCAAGGCAACUUUAGAUUUUUUAUCUGCUAUAGGAGCAACUUUACUGUUGUUAUGCACAUACAAAGCAUGUCAAUGUGAAGAUGUUGAUAGAGAAACUGUUGAAAGCCUUUAUGCCCCCAUAAAUAUGCAAUUAAAUGAUGUUACUGAUAGCCAUUUAACCCCAUUUGCCAAAGUUGGGUUCAUUAGUAAAACAUCGUUUUCGUGGUUGAAUCCAUUGAUGAAAAGGGGUCAAGAAAAAGAACUUCAAGAUGAGGAUAUCCCGAAGCUAAGAGAGUCCGAGAGAGCAAAAAGUUGUUAUUCUUCAUUCGAAGAACAGUUAUACAAGCAUAGGCAAAAUGAACCAUCAUCAGAUUCAUCGGUUUUAUGGACAAUAGUUCGGUGCCACCGAAGAGAGAUUUUAAUAACAGGAUUCUUUGCUUUGCUCAAGGUACUUGCUAUAUCUUGUGGCCCUUUACUUCUUAAUGCUUUUAUAUUGGUUUCUGAGGGAAAUGAAAGUUUCAAAUAUGAAGGUUAUAUAUUGGCCAUAUCACUUUUCUUCAUAAAGAUCAUAGAAUCCAUAUCACAGAGACAAUGGUAUUUUCGCGGAAGACUUGUUGGCAUGAAAGUUAGAUCACUACUUACCGCAGUCGUUUAUAAAAAAACAUUAAGACUAUCCAAUUCUGCUAGAUUGAUUCACUCGAGUGGCGAGAUAAUGAAUUAUAUGACUGUGGACACUUAUAGAAUUGGAGAAUUUCCAUUCUGGUUUCACCAGACUUGGACCACAAUCCUCCAAAUGUGUAUUGCAUUAGUAAUUCUUUUUGGUGCAAUUGGACCAGCAACAAUAGCUUCAAUGGCAGUGAUAGUUCUCACGAUGCUUUGCAACACUCCACUAGCAAAGUUGCAACACAAGUUUCAGAGUGAACUUAUGGUGGCACAAGACGAGAGAUUGAAGGCUAGUUCUGAGGCUCUUGUGAGUAUGAAAGUGCUAAAGCUAUAUGCAUGGGAAACACAUUUUAAAAGUUCUAUAGAAAAAUUAAGAAAUGUGGAACUCAAAUUGCUAUAUGCAGUGCUACUAAGAAAGGCAUACAUUGUCUUUCUAUUUUGGACCUCGCCGGUGUUGGUAUCUGCUGCUUCUUUUAUAGCAUGUUACUUCCUGAAAGUUCCUUUGCGUGCAAGCAAUGUUUUCACUUUCGUAGCAACUUUACGCCUUGUUCAAGAGCCAAUUCUAGCAAUCCCAGAUGUUGUUGCUGUGAUUAUUCAAGCCAAAGUCGCAUUUUCUCGGAUUCAAAAUUUUCUUGAGGCUCCAGAACUGCAGAGUGAAAAUUUGAAGAACAUGUGCAAUAAUGAUAACCUCAAAGGCUCAGUUUUAAUAAAAUCAGCCGACUUUUCAUGGGAAGGUAAGGCAUCAAAUCCAACACUAAGAAACAUAAAUUUGGACGUUAGACGUGGGCAAAAGGUGGCUAUCUGUGGAGAAGUUGGCUCAGGAAAAUCAACCCUCUUAGCAACAAUUCUCGGAGAAGUUCCAAAUACAAAGGGAACUAUUGAUGUUUAUGGAAAGUUUGCAUAUGUUUCUCAAACAGCGUGGAUACAAACAGGUACAAUACGGGAAAAUAUUUUGUUUGGAUCCGAGUUAGAUGAUCAAAGAUAUCAAGAAACACUUCAAAGGUCUGCACUGAUAAAGGACCUUGAGUUGUUUCCCUAUGGUGACCUCACCGAAAUAGGCGAGAGAGGAGUUAACUUAAGUGGAGGUCAGAAGCAGCGAAUUCAACUAGCUCGUGCUCUUUAUCAGAAUGCUGAUAUAUAUCUCUUGGAUGAUCCAUUUAGUGCUGUUGAUGCACAUACUGCAAAAAGUUUGUUUAAUGAAUACAUCAUGGACGGACUCAAAGGGAAGACUCUCGUACUCGUGACUCACCAAGUUGACUUUCUCCCAGAAUUUGAUUCUGUCUUGUUGAUGUCAGAUGGGGUAAUCUUACAAGCCGGUCCUUAUCAUCAACUAUUGACCACAAACAAGGAAUUCGAAAACCUUGUCAAUGCUCACAAGGAGACCGUUGAUUCUAACCAGUUUCCGAACUUUUCUUUUUCUCAAGGAUAUUCAACUUCUAGAAAGAUGGCUCAAGAUAUCAUGGAAAAUCCAUUUAAAGAAACAAAUGGAAAUCAAUUAAUUAAGCAAGAAGAAAGAGAGAGAGGAGACAAAGGGUUGAAGCCUUACUUACAAUAUUUGAAUAAUAUGAAAGGCUAUAUUUUCUUCUUUGUUUCUACAUUUAGUCACCUUAUUUUUGUGGUUUGUCAAAUACUACAAAACUUGUGGAUGGCUGCUAACGUUGACAAUCCUCGUGUCAGCAUGUUGCAGUUGAUUUUAGUAUAUUCCCUGAUUGGAUUUUCUUCAGCAUUUUUCAUGUUGAUACGAAGUCUAUUUGUAGUUUCUUUAGGUCUUCAAUCUUCAAAAUAUUUAUUUUUACGAUUGAUGAAGUCCCUCUUUCGUGCACCAAUGUCUUUUUAUGACGCUACACCAUUGGGAAGGAUACUAAGUAGGGUUUCAUCUGAUCUUAGCAUUUUGGAUCUGGACAUGCCAUUUAGCUUAUGUUUUUCGGUGGGAAGCACUAUAAUUUUCUAUUCUACUCUUACAAUUUUAGCUGUUGUCACUUGGCAAGUAAUAAUUGUGGUUAUACCGAUGGUUUAUGUUACACUUCGCUUGCAGAGAUACUACUUCACCGCUGCAAAAGAAGUGAUGCGUAUAAGUGGCACAACGAAAUCCUAUGUAGCUAAUCAUGUAGCUGAAACUGUUGCCGGAGCAGUGACAAUAAGAGCUUUUGAGGAGGAAGAUCGCUUUUUUGAGAAGAAUCUUGAUCUAAUAGACAUUAAUGCUAGUGCAUUUUUUCAUAAUUUUGCCUCAAAUGAGUGGUUGAUCCUACGGUUAGAAACAAUAGGUGCAAGUCUUCUUGCCACUACAGCGCUUUGCAUGGUUAUGCUUCCAUCGGGGACUUUCAGUUCCGGAUAUAUCGGCAUGGCUUUGUCUUAUGGUCUUACACUAAAUGCUUCCUUGGUAUAUACAACUCAAAUUCAAUGCACUCUUGCAAAUCAUAUAAUAUCAGUAGAGAGGCUAAAUCAAUAUAUGCAUAUACAAAGUGAGGCUAAAGAAAUUGUAGAAGGAAAUCAUCCUCCUUUGAAUUGGCCAGUUGCAGGCAAAGUCGAAAUAUGUGACCUGAAGAUACGAUACAGGCCUGAUGGACCACUUGUACUUCACGGGAUCACAUGCACAUUUGAAGCAGGUCACAAGAUUGGUAUUGUUGGAAGAACAGGCAGUGGGAAAUCCACUCUUAUCAGUGCUUUAUUUCGUCUUGUGGAACCAACCGAAGGAAAAGUCGUAGUUGAUGGCAUAGACAUCUCAUCUAUUGGCCUUCAUGAUUUGAGGUCACGUUUUGGAAUUAUACCUCAAGAUCCUACACUUUUUAACGGGACAGUAAGAUUUAACUUGGACCCUUUAUCUCAACACACCGAUCAAGAGAUAUGGGAGGUUCUUGGAAAGUGUCAAUUGCGAGAAGUUGUCCAAGAGAAAGGCGAGGGCUUAAACUCCACAGUUGUUGAUGAUGGAUCAAACUGGAGCAUGGGACAAAGGCAGUUAUUCUGUUUGGGGCGUGCACUUUUAAGGAGAAGUCGAAUAUUGAUACUUGAUGAAGCAACUGCAUCGAUUGAUAACUCAACUGAUCUGAUUCUGCAGAAAACUAUUAGAACUGAGUUUGCAGAUUGUACGGUGAUCACAGUAGCUCACAGGAUACCAACUGUGAUGGACUGCAAUAUGGUUCUUUCAAUCAGUGAUGGAAAAUUGGCGGAGUAUGACGAGCCAAUGAACUUGAUGAAGAGAGAAGAAUCGAUGUUUAGGAAGCUUGUAAAAGAAUAUUGGUCUCAUUCUCAGUCUGGAAAUUUGCAUUGAUGCUACCAAUAUUUUCUUAUGCCAUAACUAUUUCUUGUUCUCUCUCUUUUCUUUUGUGUUAGCAAUAAAUCAAGAAAGUAAGCAGGAUUUACAAUGUGUUCUGUUAGAAUAAUUUGUGAGACAUGGGAGAUGGUAGUGAAGUGAAAUUAGGCCCAUCAAUACAAACAGUAAAAUUAGGGUUUGUGAAUUUAUGAAUAAGGCAAAUGAUAAAUAACAUAAAAUUUCAUGUGACAAAGUGUAUAGUUUUUCAAUUGAAUAUACAAUAUUUGUGAUGUCUUGGAUUCAAA